AGAGAGACAGAGAGAGAGAGAGAGAGAGAGAGAGUUUGAGAGAGACAGAGAUAGAGAAGGAAAUGGAUUCUCCGUCGUCAUCGGCGACGCGCGUGACGGCGCGAUCGUCGAUGAUGGACUCAUUCCGAGGCUGCAGCCUAUCGGGGAUUCGAAUUGACAAGGAGGAUUUGAAGAAGAAGCUACUCAUGCCGACCUACCUCCGCUUCGCCAUGCGCGAUUCCAUUAGGCUCAAGGACCCCACCGCCGGCGAGAGCCGCCUCCCCGGAAGCCGCGACCUCGUCGCCGUUCCAUCCGACGGAAAUGGCGAGGAGGCGUCGGCGCCGGAGAUGCCUAUGGUUGUGUUUAUUAAUCCGAGAAGCGGUGGCAGACAUGGACCUAUGCUUAAGGAGAGGCUGCAGCUCCUUAUGGGCGAAGAACAGGUUUUUGACCUCUCAGAUGUGAAGCCUCAUGAAUUUGUGCAGUAUGGAUUGGGUUGUCUUGAGCACUUUGCGGAACUUGGGGACAAAUGUGCAAAAGACUGUCGUCAAAAGAUCAGAGUUAUGGUUGCAGGGGGUGAUGGGACAGUCGGUUGGGUGCUAGGUUGUCUUUCUGAGCUUCAGAAGCAAAGCAGGGAACCAGUUCCUCCAGUUGGAGUUGUACCUCUUGGAACGGGAAAUGAUUUGUCUAGGAGUUUUGGUUGGGGUGGCUCAUUUCCUUUUGCCUGGAAAUCAGCCAUAAAGAAAACUCUCUACAGAGCUACUACAGGUCCUAUUUGCCGUUUGGAUAGCUGGGAUAUUCUAAUCCAAAUGCCAGAAAGUGCCGUUCUGGAGCCACCUCAUUCUUUAAAGUCUAUUGAGGAGUGCGUUCUUGAUGAGGUUGGUUUGGAAAUUCAUGGGCAGGUGCCUGAGAAACGGACUUGCUAUGAAGGAGUGUUUUACAAUUACUUUAGCAUAGGGAUGGAUGCCCAAGUAGCUUAUGGAUUCCACCAUUUAAGAAAUGAGAAACCCUAUCUUGCACAAGGUCCAGUAUCAAACAAGUUGGUUUACUCUGGUUACAGUUGCACACAAGGCUGGUUCUUCACUCCUUGCACAAGUGAUCCAAGUUUAAGGGGUCUAAAGAAUAUUCUAAGGAUGCAUGUUAAAAAGGUUAAUUGUUCAGAAUGGGAGCAGAUUCCAGUGCCGUCAAGUGUUAGGGCUAUUGUUGCUUUGAAUCUUCAUAACUAUGGGAGCGGAAGAAAUCCAUGGGGUAAUUUGAAGCCUGACUACUUGGAAAAGAAAGGGUUCGUGGAGGCACAUGCUGAUGAUGGUCUGCUAGAAAUUUUUGGUUUGAAACAAGGAUGGCAUGCAUCAUUUGUUAUGGUUGAACUCAUAUCUGCCAAACAUAUUGCUCAGGCUGCUGCAAUUCGGUUGGAAGUUAGAGGUGGGGAAUGGAAAAAUGCAUAUAUGCAGAUGGAUGGGGAACCAUGGAAGCAGCCAAUGGAUGAGGAGUUUUCAACGCUAGUUGAAAUCAAGAGGGUUCCUUUUCAAUCACCAAUGAUCAGUGGAGACUAAUUCUUGGGUGCUAUUUGUAUUUUAUCACUAGUGUUUCGAAUGGCUGUGAUGUGAAGAGAAUACAUCACCCAAGUGCCUGUAAAUUGUAUCUAUAUGCCUGUUAAGUCCUGGUAUCAAAUCAUUGGUUUGUUACCAAAUUCAUUGGUUAGUUAAAAUCUCAAUUGUAUUUUCCAGACCUCUAUUUAGCUAGGUACUGUUUUACUGAUGUAUUAGUUCGCCGAGGAUGAGUGGAUCUGUGGAUGUAAUAACUAAUAACUAGCUUAAAUGACAUUUCCAGAAAAACUGGCAGUGAUGUAAUGUGUAUACGAUGUCAAGCGGGAUUAAUAGUGGUGUUGCCUUCUUUUUCCAUUUUCUUUC